UGGUGUUGGUGGUGACUGCUGUAUCAAAUAUCGGGAUAAGAAAAGUAACAAUCUAGGCACAUCAGAUAGAUGAAAACAACGUGGAAGUCAGGACAAAGCUGUCGCUCCGCGCCGUACAAACACACAGAUUUUUUUACACGGGUGCGCCAUGUUCGCUCAUCGAACGAAGAACUCAACUGCUACUAAACUGGUGUCGCUUAUGGUUGUCUGUGUGUGUUUAGUAUGGCUGAAAUACCGAAUUACGAACGAAAAAACGGACCGGCAGCGAUACAGCGAGGUACAGUUUAACAUACAAACAGAAAGACAUCUCUUCGCUGCCAGACUUCCUGCAAGAUGGAAUGAUGAAACAGAAGUGACACGUGACCAGAAUAAACCAAUGAACAACAACAUAGAUAAACAAAACCAGCAGAACAUACCAACAGAAAGAAAACCACUGCCAAAGUAUAGCCAACACUCUAAAGUUUCUGGAAACACAGAAAAGACCAUCGACAAGUCAAACUCUGAAAGCCUGGAACGAGGUUACGAGAAAUUAAAGAAAAUUGCCACAUAUUCCGACCAAGGGUACGGUAAACUUCAGAAACCAAAUCAUACACAGACACACAACCCUGCUCCCAAUAUGUUCUUCACUGAGAAGAUAGAGAAACAUUUCCCUUGGAUCGUCCGUUCGCACUAUUUACCAAACUUUUUCACAAAACGUGAAAUUUCUGCUCGUAGUCCAAGUACGUCGUAUCAAAAUGCAACCAUGGUUUUCGUACACAACCAGAAAUCAGGCGGAAGUACUCUGAAGGUAUGCAUGGAAAAUAUUGGCGCGGAGCAACAUUACCCCGGAAUGUCUGUAGUGUGCGACAUGAACGCAGGUGACUACUAUACAGGCAUGGCGAAUAGCGGGAAACGUCCAUUGCAGAAGUUCUUCGCGGGGGGCCAUACUUUUAAAAUAUGUGACUUUGCGGAAAACCCUUGCACCUACGUCACCGUGUUACGUCAUCCACUUGACCGCAUCAUAUCGUCAUACGAGUACUGUAAAAAGCGUAAUGAACUUCACUGCCAAAUUAUUGACGCCAACAAUGUGACGCUGAACCAAUGGGCGAUAUUCCAGGGAAGUUUUUUCUUUCGACAAUUGUUUUAUAAUUUCGAAGUUUGUACACAGAAAUACGACGACAUUAUUGACAAGCUGCGCAUGCGCAAAGGGAUGUCCCUAACACCUAAUAAAAUACCAUGUUGGUAUAGAAACGAAUUGGUUCUGGAAGCCAUGUUAAGUAAAAUAGAUAAACUGAAUAUUUUGCAAUACGUUUUAGAUAAUUUGGAAAACUGGUUUGCCGUCAUCGGCAUCAAUGAGGAAUACAACACUUUUCUGCAGCUAUUGGAGGAUGCGUUUCGUCUGCCAUUUUCCCGUUGCCAGGGAAACAUCGUCAAUUACCAUCAGUAUUUGGCGGAGACGCGUGGUAUUAAGAGAAACGACGUAAUUGCAUCCUUUCGACAACAACUUCGUGAUGACCCAGCAGUAACAGAAGCACUGUUUUACGAUUUGAAAAUUUACGAGAAAGCGAAGGACAUUUUUAACAGACAAAGCCACAUCUUCAAAGCGAGGCAAGGAACCCCCGGACCCAUUAAUGAUACUCUCCAUUUUUAA